AUGAGUGCCAACGACAAAUACUCAACGCCUUUGUCCUCCAGAUAUGCUUCUGAAGAGAUGUCGAAAAUUUUCUCUCUCAGAAACAGAUUCUCCACUUGGAGAAAGCUCUGGUUGAACUUAGCUAUCGCUGAGAAGCAGGUUGGUCUUUCUGUGAUCACCGAUGAAGCCAUUGAGCAAAUGAAACAACACUUGGAGAUCACUGAUGAGGAGAUCGCCGCUGCUUCGAAGGAGGAGGCGAAAGUGAGACACGAUGUCAUGGCCCACGUUCACGUUUUUGGUGAAACGUGCCCUGCUGCCGCUGGUAUCAUCCACUUGGGAGCGACUUCUUGUUUUGUCACUGACAAUGCCGAUUUGAUCUUCUUGAGAGACGCCUAUGACGUGUUGAUCCCUAAGUUGGUCAAUGUGAUCGACAGAUUGUCGAAAUUUGCUCUUGAGUAUAAGGACUUGCCUGUGUUGGGGUGGACUCACUUCCAGCCUGCUCAACUCACUACUGUUGGUAAGAGAGCUACUUUGUGGAUUCAGGAGUUGUUGUGGGAUUUGAGAAACAUGGUCAGAGCAAGAAAUGACUUGGGUCUCAGAGGUGUCAAGGGUACCACAGGUACCCAGGCUUCUUUCUUGUCUCUUUUUCAUGGUGAUCACGACAAGGUUGAGGAGUUGGACGAGACUGUCGUCAAGCUUUUGGGAUUCGAGCACGUUUACCCUGUGACUGGCCAGACUUACUCCAGAAAGAUCGACAUUGACGUCUUAAGCCCAUUGGCUUCUUUGGGCGCUACCACUCACAAGUUCGCUACCGACAUCAGACUCUUGGCUAACUUGAAGGAAGUUGAGGAACCAUUUGAAAAGUCCCAGAUUGGUUCUUCUGCUAUGGCUUACAAGAGAAACCCAAUGAGAUGCGAGAGAGUGUGCUCCUUGUCCAGACACUUGGGUGGAUUGUUGAAUGAUGCCAUUCAGACCGCUUCCGUGCAAUGGUUUGAGAGAACGUUGGAUGACUCCGCUAUCAGAAGAAUCUCGCUCCCAUCUGCUUUCUUGACAGCUGACAUAUUGUUGUCUACAAUGAACAACAUCACCUCCGGUCUUGUGGUUUACCCAAAGGUCAUCGAGAGAAGAAUCCAGGAGGAGUUGCCUUUCAUGGCUACUGAAAACAUUAUCAUGGCUAUGGUUGAGAAGGGUGCUUCAAGACAAGACUGUCACGAGGAAAUCAGAGUGUUAUCUCACCAAGCUUCUGCCAUGGUCAAGCAGGAAGGUGGCCGUAACGACUUGAUAGACAGAGUGAAAAAUACAAAGUACUUCGAGCCAAUUUGGAAUGACUUGGACAAGUUGUUGGACCCAUCAACCUUCGUUGGUCGUGCUCCACAGCAAACCGAGAAAUUCGUCAAGAAAACUGUCGCUGAGGCUUUGGAGCCUUACAAGAGCAUGAUCACCAAUGAGAACGUCUCUUUGAAUGUGUAA